GGGCGCCGCGGUCCGGCGAUGUGAGGCGCCUCCGCCAGCGCGGCUGCCUCCCAUCCCCCCCCACCCCGCGCCAGCCCAGGAGGAAGGGAGCGGGGCGGCCUGCCCGCUACCGCCGCCUCACCGGACGCGCAGCACGUCUCAAGAUGGCAGAAUUAUUUAUGGAAUGUGAAGAAGAAGAGUUAGAACCGUGGCAAAAGAGAGUGAAAGAAGUGGAGGAAGAUGAUGAUGAUGAUGAGCCCAUCUUUGUUGGGGAAAUCUCAAGCUCGAAGCCAGCUAGUACAUAUAUAUUGAACAGAGUCAACCUCAGCUCAUCACGAAGGGCGAUACAGAAUGGUGCACCCAGUAGAGGUACAGUUGCUACAUUCAAGCCUGACAGUCACCAUUAUGCGACACCUGCCUCCAGCCCCAGUGCCAUGCCUGUUUCGUCAGUCUUUCAGUCUGUAUCCAGACCUACAACUAGUGCUCAGCCAUUGUCUGUACCAGUGAAUGUUUCAGGAACUUCACAAACGCUGCAGAGACCAGUUUCUGGAUGUUUAUCAACACAGCAGAUGUCCGGAUCAGGUUCUGGAAUAUCACAGCCUGUUAGCAUUCCAGUGACGACACAGCCAGUAUCAAGAAGUAUCACAGUUCCUGUAGUGGCUCAACCUGUAUCCAGGCCAAUGACUACUGUAACAGCACAGCCGGUAAUACUCAAUCAGGAUUAUAUUAUGGAUUCUCCACCAGCUGCACCAGAUAAUACAUCUGGUAUACUGUUUGGUGUGAGACAGAACUCGGGAGUUCCACAGUACCAGACUGGGCCAGCAGUGAAUGUAACAGAUACAAAUGCUGCAUCAAGCACCAUUAAAAAUGGAGGACCUUUUCCACGAGCUUGUCCAAAGUGCAAUAUUCAUUUCAAUCUUAUGGAUCCUCUGAAAAAUCAUAUGAAGUAUUGCUGUCCAGAUAUGGUAGAUAACUUUUUCCCAGGAGUGGCCCAAACAGAAUGUUCGAGCACAACAAGCAAGACUGCUGAAUCUGAGAAAGGAAAAUUGAUUAUGUUAGUUAACGACUUUUACUAUGGGAAACAUGAAGGUGACAGCCAGCAGGUACAACAGGAACAGAAGACUCAUACAACAUUUAAGUGCUUCAGUUGUCUGAAAGUUCUUAAAAAUAACAUAAGGUUUAUGAACCACAUGAAGCAUCACUUGGAGCUUGAGAAGCAGAGCAGUGAAAGCUGGGAAAGCCAUACCACCUGUCAGCACUGUUACCGUCAGUUUCCCACCCCCUUCCAGCUCCAGUGCCACAUUGAAAGUACACACACGCCUUACGAGUCAUCUACAAUUUGUAAAAUCUGUGAAUUAUCCUUUGAAACAGAGCAAGUUCUUUUGCAACAUAUGAAGGACAAUCAUAAGCCAGGUGAAAUGCCGUAUGUUUGCCAGGUAUGCAACUACAGAUCCUCAGCUUUUUCAGAUGUAGAAACACAUUUUAGAACAGUUCAUGAAAAUACAAAACAUUUGUUAUGCCCAUUUUGCCUCAAAGUAAUUAAAAUUGGAGCACCAUAUAUGCAUCAUUACAUGAGGCAUCAGAAAAAAGGAAUAUACCGUUGCACUAAGUGCAGACUGCAAUUUUUGACAUGUAAAGAAAAAAUGGAUCACAAGACUCAGCAUCACCGAACAUUUAGGAAACCCAAACAGUUAGAAGGAUUGCCUCCUGGAACAAAGGUGACUAUUCGAGCAUCUGUUGGAUCUCUUCAAUCAGGAUCAUCAGCUACGUCUUUUGUUAGUACAAGUGCUUCCACGUUUCAGUUAUCACCUAAAGCUAAAAAUACAACCACUAAAAAUCAUAACAGAUCUAAUACAAAUAAGUCAAGAGCAAAAUCAAAACCAGCAACAUCAAAGAAGCAGAAUGCAUGGACCAACAGUAAAAAAAAAAAAGAAAUUACAAAUACGGCAUUGCAUAAUCUAAGGUAUCGUUUGGGACCUCACAAAUGCAUUGAGUGUUACUCAGAAAUAAAAGAUUUUGCAAGCCAUUUUCCUGCUUAUGUCCACUGCAGCUUAUGCAGAUACAACACUAGCUGUAGCAAAGCCUAUGUGAACCACAUGAUGAGUUUUCACAGUGCUCGUCCAAGUAAAAGAUUUUGGAUCUAUAAGAAGCAUUCAGAACAACUGCGAGGUGUGACUGUAGUAUGUCUUAACUGUGAUUUCCUGACUGACGUUUCUGGCUUAGAUAGUAUGGCUGCACAUCUGAGUGAAAGCCACACUCAUACUUGUCAAGUUAUUAUAGAGAAAGUUUCUGUAGAUAUCCCAGCUGCCGAACAAGUAUCUGACAAACAAGAGCAUGAGUCUUCAGACAAAACAAAAGAAUACAAUAGAAAUCAAACUAAAAAAGUUGGAUCAAUUGAAACGAGUGAAGAAAACUCAUCAUUGUCAACUACAGAAAACGUUACUAGUUUGGAACUCCCUGACAGCAGCUCAAAGAAUUCUUUGCAUGAGAAAGGAGCAUGUUGUGAUUCAGAUAAUAACAAACAAUUGAUAGAUGAGAAACAAAAAUGUAUUAAUGAUGAAAGUGAGUUGAAAAAUUGCCAAAGCUCAGAUAAUGUUAUCUUGAAUGAGCAGACUAAAGUACAUAGCUUGGAUGAAACUACACUUUCCGCAAUGAACGCAAGGGACUUAAAACUAACAUUGGGUGAAGAUGUUAGUUUUGAGCAGUUCUUAAGAAAAAGAGAUGAACCUGAAUCCGUUAGUUCAGACAUUAGUGAACAAGGCAGUAUUCAUUUGGAGCCUUUGACUCCAUCAGAGGUACUAGAGCAUGAAGCUACUGAAAUUCUUCAAAAAGGUAAUGUUGCACCUUCAAAAAAAGCUGGACAACUCUCUGAACAAACAGAUGAGACUUCUAAAGAAAGCAGUCCCAGCAGAAUGGAAACAACUGUAAACAAGACAGAUGAAAAUGAAGCAAGCUGAAAUUAAGUUAAUUUUAUUGUUUGUUAUAAACAAUGGUUUAGAAGACUUUUAGAAAGAAAAGUGGAACAGUUUACAUAGUCUCAGCUCUUCAAGAUCUGCCACUUUAAGAACUUCAAAUCACAAGACACACGAAACAGCUGACAGCAAUAAAUUGCAGUAUUGUUUUGUUCUUUAAAGAUUUUAGUGAAAACGUUAACUCAGUAUGAUUAACCAGUCCGAUGUCUUCAUGCAUGUACACGUGGAAGAUUACAAAAUACAGCAUCACAAUGAGGACAGUUUAAAGGACUUAAUCAGUUAUGGAACUUGAUGUGUAUGUUACUGAAGGAGUUCCUGAAUGCAUCUGUGUUUAAACCCAGAGAAACCUUUACAGUAUUUUAAAUCUGAUUGAUCUUCCAUGAAAAUGAUAUAUUUUGAAAAACGCCAUGGUAUGUGGUGUUGGAAAAGAUUAGAUUCAACUGGAACCAGUUGUAUGAUACUUGCUUGUAAAUUCCUCACAUUUGUCUUUUAUUAUGUAAUUAAUUUUUUUAAACAUUUACCGGUUUAGUAAUAAGAACUUGGAAGGAUUUGGCCACUCACUGUUGAGAAAAGUUGGAAAAUAAAACUGAGAUUGAAAAAUCUGCGUAUUUGGCAGAUGCAUAUAUAUUUUCUCAGAUAAUAUGUAAAGCAUUGCUUGUUUCAAACCAUGUAGAGAAUGCUUAUAGAAAAGGUAAUGUUAGGUAUAAAACACACAAAUAUGUAGUAGCCUUUCCAAAGGAAGAGGUGAGAGAUAACUAGAUUGUUCUAGCAAGACUGUCAGACAGCUUUAAAUGGGCAAGUAAGGCGUAUCAUGGAAACAGUGACAUGGUAUUUUUGUGAGGAAGAAAAACAAAUUCAUUACAAUUUUUGCUACAGGAAGUGAUACAUCUGCUGACUAAACACUGUAGGAGACUGCAUAAUUGUGAAGGUUAAUCAUGUUAUUUGGGAGAUUUCCUAGAGAUAAGUUAAAUUGGGACUUUUUGCUGAAGUCACUCCAGAAGGUCAAGUUACCUUUGAAUGCAUUUUGAGUUAUUUGAGCUCAGCUGCACAUAAUUCAGUUUUUUGUUUGUUUCGGAGUUGUUUAGAAGUCUUUUUUAUCCAUCCAGCCAUCAGUAGUUUUUAUUCUGUACCACCUCUUUUUUUGUACUUAGGAUGAUGGUUUAUCUCAAGUUUUCAUUGCCUUAUCAAAAAGCAGUAACUUAAAGUUCAUUCUUGGUAUCCAUCCAUUCACCAUUUCCCCUUAUCUCAAGAGAGUUACCAUAGUUACUUGAAUAAUCAUUUCAGAUUGCUUAUAUAACAUUUAUUCUUAAUUUUAAUGGAAGACUGAUGUCAUUAUUAUCGUAUGGUCAGUGACCGCUGAGUUACUUAGAGCUUCCUCAAGUGCAGCUGGUGACUCAGUUUGCAUUGUGCAGUUUGGGAAAGAAACUUUGAUUUACCUGCGGUUCAGUUUUUCUUUAGCAGAAAGGAUGAGUAAACCCAGGGGACAGAAAUCAGAGGAAAUCAUAGCACGUACUGAGUUGUACAUACUGGGUGAUGUGUUUUAAACAAGAAAAUUUCUAUAACAAAACCAUGUCCAUUUCUCUUUUCAUGGAAAUGGGGAGAGAAAGAGAACCCUGGGAAAUAGGUAUUAAAUCAUGUUCUGUGGUGCUUUACUGCCAGAAGGCAUUAGAAACUGAAGGUCAGGGUAAAAAAUCUUGAACAACACUUGGUAUUCUGCAAAACCUUAAAUACAAGAUCUCAAAGCUUUUCUGCAGGCAUUAAGCAUUGUUAUUUAUAUGCUGGCGUGUAGAAAGCAGUUAUUUUUUUAUGCUGUAGCAUAUACUACUAUUCCACCAAAGACUGUGGCCGUAGGCUGUCACAGUAGAGUUUUGUUAGAGACUGUUUAGAUUUUGUGUAGGGGAAAUUUUAUACCUGAUUGUUUUUGUUUUGUUUUCAUUAGUGCUUGAUUUUUGAGGCUUGUGAGCUUACUUUACCUAGUUGCAUCCUGUAUUAUUUUGAUGUACGCUUAAUAUGCCUCUAAUAAAAAAAAAAUUGGUAAGUA